AAAUAGGGUCCCGCAAUGGCCGUGGCUGGCUGCGCUCGGAGCUGCCGGGUCGCGGGCUGGAGCUGCCAGUGCGGGUUCGCGCCCGAGGCUGAAGGCUGGCUCUGCUCGUGCACUGUGCACCAGACGGCGGACAUCUCCGGCCAGCCCCAGUGGCCCCAAAUUGCUGCCGAAGGGAGUUGGGGGGUUCUGUGCCCUAAAGGACUUCCUCCUCGGAGAGGGGAGAGAGAAAGAAUAGGGGGGUGGCGGGAAGAGAAGGGCCCUUUCCGCCUGUCGGGGUCGCGGCGCAGGAGGACCCAGUACCAUGCUCCUCUCCAGCCUGGCGGCGCUGUGCCUCUGGCUGCGCCUGGCGCUGGGUGUCCGCGGCGCCCCUUGCGAGGCGGUGCGCAUCCCCAUGUGUGGGCACAUGCCCUGGAACAUCACGCGGAUGCCCAACCACCUGCAUCACAGCACGCAGGAGAACGCCAUCCUGGCUAUCGAACAGUACGAAGAGCUGGUGGACGUGAACUGUAGCGCCGUGCUGCGCUUCUUCCUCUGCGCCAUGUACGCGCCCAUCUGCACCCUGGAGUUCCUGCACGACCCCAUCAAGCCCUGUAAGUCGGUGUGCCAGCGCGCGCGCGACGACUGCGAGCCCCUCAUGAAGAUGUACAACCACAGCUGGCCCGAGAGCCUGGCCUGCGACGACCUGCCCGUCUACGACCGAGGCGUGUGUAUCUCGCCCGAAGCCAUCGUCACUGACCUCCCAGAGGAUGCUAAGUGGAUAGAUAUCACACCAGACAUGAUGGUACAGGAAAGGCCUCUUGAUGUCGACUGUAAACACCUAAGCCCGGACCGGUGCAAGUGUAAAAAAGUGAAGCCAACUCUGGCAACAUAUCUGAGCAAAAAUUACAGUUAUGUCAUCCAUGCCAAAAUAAAAGCUGUACAGAGGAGUGGCUGUAAUGAAGUAACAACAGUGGUGGAUGUGAAAGAGAUCUUCAAGUCCUCAUCACCGAUCCCUCGAACUCAAGUCCCACUCAUUACGAAUGCUUCCUGCCAGUGUCCUCACAUCCUGCCCCAUCAAGACGUUCUCAUCAUGUGUUAUGAGUGGCGCUCACGGAUGAUGCUUCUUGAAAAUUGUUUAGUUGAAAAAUGGAGAGACCAGCUUAAUAAAAGAUCCAUACAGUGGGAAGAGAGGCUGCAGGAACAGCAGAGAACAAUGCAGGAUAAGAAGCGAACAGCCGGGCGCACCAGUCGUAGUAAUCCUCCAAAACCAAAGGGAAAGUCACCUGCUCCCAAACCAGCCAUCCCCAAGAAGAACAUGAAAGCAAGGAGUGCCCCAAAGAGAACAAACUCAAAAAGAGUAUGAGCUAACUGCUUUUCAAAACGG